UACCUCUGCUGCUGCUCUUCUCUGCUCCGCAUCGAGCUGCGCUAUAAAACCCUGGCGGACAAGAAAAAAACAUUUUGUCAGCCAGUGUGAGAAAGAGCAACGGAGCACCGUAACAACUGAGGAGAACAUUUUAUUUACCCUUCACAACUUGUUUUGAACGAAGGAUUUCAAUUUAUGAGAAGGAGUGGAUAUAAACACCGUGCAGGAUACAGUGAGGAGCAGGAGCGUGCUCAGUGAGGUUGGAAAGACGGCAACAUGGCAGUCUCCACUCAGCUGGGUUUACUGCUUUGGAAGAACUUCACCUACCGACGGAGACAGACUAUCCAGUUGCUGAUUGAGAUCGUCUGGCCCCUGUUCAUCUUUUUCAUCCUGAUAUCAGUCCGAAUACAUUAUCCGCCCUAUGAACAACAUGAAUGUCACUUCCCAAACAAGGCUAUGCCUUCAGCAGGUACUCUGCCCUGGGUACAAGGUAUCAUCUGUAAUGCCAACAACCCCUGCUUCCGUAAUCCCACGCCUGGAGAGAGUCCUGGGGUGGUGGGAAAUUUUAAUGAUUCUAUAAUCUCCCGUCUGUUCACUGAUGCCAAGAAGAUCCUGUUGUACACUCAGAAUGAUAAGAGCUAUGAAGGCUACAAGGGACUGCUAAGAGCCCUCAGGAAGCUUCAGAAAAACACUGCUCGUUUCAAGCUGAAAGACUUUUUGCGUGAUGAUGAAACCCUUUCUCACUUCCUGCAUCACAAUGCGUCACUUCCUCGUGAUGCCCUGAAGCAUAUAGUGGAGGCUGAUGUCAAUCUUGAGAAGGUCCUCACAAAAGGUUUCGGCUUCCAUCUCAGAGAUCUCUGCAACACCACACCACUGGAGGAGUUUGUCCACAUUGCUGACCGCAACGUGUCCCGCAUGACUCAAGAGAUCAUCUGUAAGAGUUCCAGUGAUUGGCUGAACAAGGCCCAGAGCCACUUCCUGUCUAACUUGGACUUCCUAAAACCUGUUCGGAGCGAUGUGAGGUCUGAUCCGAAAGACAUUCAGGAAGUCUCAGCUGCAACCGACAAUCUUCUGGAAAGCCUGGGAGCACUGGCCGUUGAGCUUUCCAGCAUGAAGAGUUGGAAGGAUAUGCGAAAGGAGAUCCUGUAUCUUACCGCAAAUGCUACAGGGUCUCCAAAUCAGAUGUACCAGGCCGUGUCACGUAUCGUCUGUGGACAUCCUGAGGGAGGGGGCCUCAAAAUCAAGUCUCUCAACUGGUAUGAAGACAACAACUACAAGGCCCUUUUUGGAAACCACGGCAACGAUAGUGACAGUGAACCCAUCUCCACUUACGAUAACUCCUCCACUCCUUAUUGUAACAAUUUGAUGAAGAACCUGGAGUCCAGUCCCAUUUCCAGAAUGAUCUGGCGAGCUCUGAAGCCCCUUCUCAUGGGGAAGAUCCUUUAUACACCAGACACUCCAGCAACACAGAGGAUCAUCCACGAGGUUAAUAAGACCUUCCAGGAGCUGGGUGUGCUAAGGGACCUUGGAGGGAUGUGGGAGGAGGUGAAGCCCAAGCUUUGGAACUUCAUGGAGAAUAGCGAGGAAAUGGACUUGGUCAGGACCCUGCUCCAGAAUAAUGCCAGCGCUAUGUUCCUUAACACCCAGCUUAGUGGGACUGAGUUGCGCGUGUCAGAUAUAGCAGCAUUCCUCUCUAAGACCUCAGUUAACAAAAAACACGCAGGAUCGGUCUACACCUGGAGAGAUGUCUUCAAUGAAACCAACCACGCCAUACAGACCAUUUCUCGUUUCAUGGAGUGUGUGAACCUGGACAAGCUGGAGCCAGUGGCUAAUGAGGAGCGAUUGGUCAACAAGUCCAUGGGUCUUCUUGAUAACCAGAGGUUUUGGGCUGGAAUCGUGUUUCCUGACAUUGCCCACAACAACAGCACUGACCUGCCACCCAAUGUCAAUUACAAAAUCCGUAUGGACAUCGAUAAUGUGGAGAGAACAAACAAGAUUAAAGACGGAUAUUGGGACCCUGGUCCCAGGGCAGACCCCUUUGAGGACCUGCGGUACGUCUGGGGUGGGUUUUCCUACCUGCAGGAUGUAAUCGAGCAAGGAAUUAUCAGAGCUGUCACUGGCACCAAGCAGAAGACAGGAAUCUACAUUCAGCAGAUGCCCUACCCCUGCUACGUUGAUGAUAUAUUCCUGCGUGUGAUGAGUCGGUCAAUGCCUCUCUUCAUGACCUUGGCAUGGAUGUACUCAGUAGCUAUCAUCAUCAAGGGAGUGGUAUACGAGAAAGAGGCGCGCCUCAAAGAGACCAUGAGAAUCAUGGGACUGAACAACGGCACCCUUUGGCUUAGCUGGUUCAUCAGCAGUUUAAUCCCCCUGCUGAUCAGCGCUGGGUUGUUGGUGAUGUUAUUGAAGAUGGGUAACCUGCUGCCUUACAGUGACUCCGGCGUUGUGUUUCUCUUCCUGGGAUCAUUUGGCGUAGUUACCAUCAUGCAGUGCUUUCUCAUCAGCACGCUGUUUUCUCGUGCCAACUUGGCAGCCGCCUGCGGUGGCAUUAUAUACUUCACUCUCUACCUGCCCUACGUGCUUUGUGUUGCCUGGCAGGACUACGUGGGCUUUGGAGCAAAAAUUGUUGUGAGUCUCCUUUCUCCUGUGGCUUUCGGUUUUGGAUGUGAGUACUUUGCCCUCUUUGAAGAGCAAGGAGUGGGAAUACAGUGGUCAAACCUACUUGCCAGCCCUCUAGAGGAAGACAGCUACAACCUAACCACCUCCAUCUGCCUUAUGCUGUUUGACGCUGUGUUGUACGGAAUAAUGACCUGGUACAUUGAAGCUGUGUUCCCUGGUCAGUAUGGGAUCCCUAGGCCCUGGUAUUUUCCCUUCACUAGGACAUAUUGGUGUGGAGAAAAAGAGAACAAGAACAUCUCCACCCCUCUGUCAAAGAAGGGUAACGCUGAUGCUGUCUGCAUUGAGGAAGAGCCAAGCCACAUAGAGCCAGGUGUUUACAUUGAGAAUCUUGUGAAGAUCUACAGCCAUGGAAACAAACUGGCUGUGGACGGCCUGUCCCUGAGAUUCUAUGAGGGACAGAUCACCUCCUUCCUCGGACACAAUGGAGCUGGCAAAACCACAACUAUGUCAAUCCUGACAGGGUUGUUUCCACCCACCUCUGGCACAGCCUACAUUCUCGGCAAAGACAUUCGUUCUGAACUCAGCACAAUCCGGCAGAAUCUGGGUGUAUGCCCUCAACACAACGUACUUUUCAGCAUGUUGACAGUCGAGGAACACAUCUGGUUCUACGCCCGCCUGAAGGGUCUUUCAGAGGAGAAGGUGAAGGCGGAAAUGGAACAAAUUGUGAAUGAUGUUGGACUGCCUCACAAACGAAAGUCUCGCACAAGCACCCUGUCCGGUGGGAUGCAGAGGAAGCUGUCAGUGGCCUUGGCUUUUGUUGGUGGUUCAAAGGUUGUGAUUCUGGAUGAACCCACAGCUGGUGUUGAUCCCUACGCACGCAGGGGCAUCUGGGAUCUCUUGCUCAAAUACAGACAAGGCCGCACUAUCAUCCUGUCCACUCAUCACAUGGACGAGGCUGACAUCCUGGGUGACCGCAUUGCCAUCAUUUCACACGGGAAGCUGUGUUGCGUAGGCUCCUCUCUUUUCCUGAAGACCCACUUGGGGACAGGCUACUACCUGACCCUGGUCAAGAGAGACUAUGACUUGACACUACAGUCAUGCAGGAAUUCUGCCAGCACAGUCUCCUAUAGCAAGAAGACAGAAAAGGAGGACAGUGUAUCAGAAAGCAGUUCAGAUGCUGGUCUUGGCAGUGAACCAGAAAGUGAAACCACUACUAUUGAUGUCUCCCUCAUUUCCAAUGUGAUUUUCAAGCAUGUCCCUGAGGCUCGCCUGGUGGAGGAUCUCGGCCAUGAACUCGCCUAUGUCUUGCCCUACCAGGCUGCAAAAGAUGGCGCCUUUGUGGAGCUCUUUCAUGAGCUUGAUGACCGACUGACUGACUUGGGAAUCUCAAGUUAUGGAAUAUCUGAUACCACCCUAGAAGAAAUUUUCUUGAAAGUGGCUGAGGACAGUGGAGUGGAUUCAGUUGAGCUUUCAGAUGGAGUCGUACCCACCAGAACUCGUCGUCGUCAUGCGUUCGGAGAUCACCAGAGCUGCCUGAAGCCCUUCACUGAGGAUGACUUUGACUUCAAUGACUCUGAAGGUGACCCAGAAUCCCGUGAGACCGACUGGCUUAGUGGAACAGAUGGCAAAGGGUCAUACCAAGUGAAAGGCUGGAGUCUGAAGAGACAGCAGUUUGUAGCACUACUGUGGAAACGAUUCCUCUAUGCUCGACGCUCUAGGAAGGGCUUCUUUGCCCAGAUUGUGCUUCCGGCAGUGUUUGUGUGUAUUGCCUUGGUGUUCAGCCUGAUCGUUCCUCCAUUUGGAAAGUACCCCAGCCUGGCUCUGGAUCCUGGCAUGUAUGGAGAACAGUUUACCUUCAUCAGUAACGACAUGCCUGAAGACCCUCAUACCAACAAUCUGCUUGGAGCUCUGACAGCAGAACCUGGCUUUGGAACACGCUGCAUGGAAGGACAGCCAAUACCGGACAUUCCCUGCACUGCAGUUCAAGAUGAGUGGUCGGUCCCUCAAGUCUCUCAAAGUGUGAAGGACAUGUUUGACAAAGGAAACUGGACCAUGCAGAAUCCGUCUCCAUUGUGUGAGUGCAGCUGCGAAGGGCGCAAGAGGAUGUUGCCCGAGUGUCCAUCGGGAGCUGGGGGGCUUCCACCACCACAGAUGAAGAUCAGUGAGACAGACACUCUGCAGAAUUUGACAGGCAGAAACAUUUCAGACUAUCUGGUUAAGACCUACGCUCAGAUCAUUGGCAAGAGCCUGAAGAACAAGAUCUGGGUCAACGAGUUCAGAUAUGGCGGAUUCUCAUUAGGUGCGAGGAGUUCACAAUUUCUGGCCCAUACAGAUGAAACUGAUCGUGCAAUUGCUCAGCUGAGGAGACGUUUCCAUCUUGAAAGAGGAGCUGCAGCAGAUCGUUUCUUUCACAGUCUUUCCAGUUUCAUCCAAGGAUUGGACACCAAGAAUAACGUCAAGAUUUGGUUUAACAACAAAGGCUGGCACAGCAUUGGUUCCUUCCUCAAUGUGAUGAACAACGCCAUUCUACGGGUGAGUCUGCCAGCUGGAAAAGACCCCACAAAAUUUGGCAUCACUGCCUACAAUCAUCCACUCAACCUCACCAAGGAGCAGCUCUCACAAGUCGCGUUGAUGACAACAUCGGUGGACGUGCUCGUGUCCAUUUGCGUCAUCUUUGCCAUGUCCUUUGUGCCCGCCAGUUUUGUGGUCUUUCUCAUCCAAGAGAGAGUGAACAAGGCUAAACACAUGCAGUUCAUUAGUGGAGUACAACCCUUCCUCUACUGGCUGGCCAACUUUGUCUGGGAUAUGUGUAACUACAUCGUUCCUGCCACACUGGUGAUCAUCAUCUUUGUGUGUUUCCAACAAGACGCCUACGUCUCCUCCACCAAUCUGCCUGUGCUGGCUCUGCUGCUGCUACUCUAUGGAUGGUCAAUCACCCCUCUGAUGUACCCAGCUUCAUUUUUCUUUAAAAUACCCAGCACAGCCUACGUGGUUCUUACUAGCGUCAACAUACUGAUAGGAAUCAACGGCAGCGUGUCCACAUUUGUUCUCGAGCUGUUUGGAAGCAAUGAGAUCGGUGGCAUUAAUGAUAUCCUGAAGAAUGUGUUCCUCAUCUUCCCUCACUUCUGCUUGGGAAGAGGACUUAUUGACAUGGUGAAGAAUCAAGCAAUGGCUGAUGCUCUGGAGAGAUUCGGUGAAAACCGGUUCCGCUCUCCUCUGGCCUGGGACAUGGUUGGAAAGAACUUGUUUGCAAUGGCCAUUGAGGGUGUUGUCUUCUUCUGUAUAACCGUCCUCAUUCAGUAUCGCUUCUGCUUCAAGGCCAGGUCAUCCACUAGUCAUCUGAAGCCCAUCGGAGAGGAAGACGAGGAUGUGGCGAGAGAGCGACAGCGGAUCCUCAGCGGUGGAGGACAGACAGACAUCCUGGAGCUCAGACAGCUCACCAAGAUUUACAAGCGCAAACAGAAGCCAGCAGUGGACCGGCUGUGUGUUGGCAUCCCUCCUGGAGAGUGUUUUGGUUUGCUGGGGGUGAAUGGAGCAGGAAAAACCAGCACCUUCAAAAUGCUGACAGGAGAUUCUGUGGUAACAAGUGGCGAGGCCUACCUGGCUGGCAAGAGUGUAACCACAGAGAUAGAUGAAGUCCAUCAGAACAUGGGCUACUGUCCUCAGUUUGAUGCUAUCAAUGACCUACUGACUGGCAGAGAGCAUCUCGAGUUUUAUGCUAUCCUGAGAGGAGUGCCCGAGAAGGAAGUCUGUGAGGUGGCAGACUGGGGCAUCCGUAAACUGGGUUUGAUGAAGUAUGUGGACAAAGCAGCUGGCAGCUACAGUGGAGGAAAUAUGAGGAAACUGUCUACUGCUAUUGCUCUAAUAGGAGGACCACCUGUUGUGUUUCUGGAUGAACCAACUACAGGCAUGGACCCCAAGGCACGUCGUGCUCUCUGGAACGCCAUCCUGAGCAUCAUCAAAGAGGGGCGAUCUGUAGUCCUGACCUCUCACAGUAUGGAGGAGUGUGAAGCUCUUUGCACCAGGAUGGCCAUCAUGGUCAACGGCAGGUUCCGCUGUCUGGGCAGCGUGCAGCACCUCAAAAACAGAUUUGGAGAUGGCUACACAAUCAUCCUACGGGUGGCGGGACCAGACCCAGACCUUAGGCCAGUAAUGGACUUCAUAGAAAGGGAGCUACCAGGGAGCACGUUGAAGGAGAAACACCGCAACAUGCUCCAGUACCAGCUUCCCUCCUCCCUCACCUCUCUCGCCCGAAUCUUCUCCCUGCUCUCAAAGAACAAAGAGGCUCUCAGCAUAGAGGACUACUCUGUUUCUCAGACUACUUUAGACCAAGUGUUUGUAAAUUUUGCCAAGGACCAAAGUGACGAGGACCACUUGAAAGACGUCCAUCUGAGCAAGCGGGACGCUGUUGUAGUGGACAUUUCCCAGCUGAACUCUUUUCUCACAGACAACAAGACCAGGGAGAGCUGUGUCUGAUUCCACAACAUACCAUCUGUGGGAGUUGCAAUGCUUCGCCCACCCUCCCCACGACCGAGAAAAGAUGGACCACUAAACUCUGGGGAGACAGACUGCGUUCAUUUUUUUUUCUACUUUUUAGUCUUUUUCAAUUGUCAUCAUUUCUCAGUGGACCUGCAUUUCAAUGCACAGCCUCUUGAAAAGGCAGAGACUGCAGGUAUUGUGACAGACACUGAAAUAAUGAAAGCUCAAUGCAAAUCAAUGCAAGAAAUAUAUAUAUAAUUAUGUUUAAGAUGACGAGAUAUUUCUGUGAGGGUAGGAGACAGGUGCUUCUCCUUCACUAGAUUGACAGAAAGAAAGGAAAGACUCAGAACACUUGAAGUGACAGCAGAAUUUUAAUGCUGUAUUAGACUGGAAAGCAUGUGUAGCCUAGCUACCCACUCAAUGGGCAAGACCCAGGGGACGGCAGAAGAUCUCUCAGUUUUAAACCCCUUUCCUAAAGUAGUUAGCUGUGGUCAGUGAGGGUGUUUAUACAUUUGCCUGUAUGGAGAAAUCAGGAUGAUAUAAAAAAACAAAUUUGGAUCAGUCACUGCCAGCUGUUAAAUCUGUUCAACCUUUUUAACCUGGUUAAAAACAGACUGACUGCUUUUUUAUUCAGGGUCAAACCUUUCUAGAUUUCUUUUCAUUACCAAGCGCAGUUUGGGGGAUUUUUUUCUAUUGCAAAUGAUGGUAAAAAAAAAAGCUUUUACAAUCCACUUUCAGUCACAAAUGUGCAAUCAUCAGCAUAGUAAUUUUUACUAAUUACAUUUUUAAAGGUAAUUUAAUUCCUCCAGACAAACAUAACCUUGACAGUUACUUUUCUUCGAAUAACAAUUAAGAACUGCUAACCAAGUUGUUUUGUUUUUAUUUGUCGUACUUGGUGUCCUUGACAUUGUCCAGCAUAGUGCCUAAACUGGUGGAGACAGAAAUUUGAGCACUCCAUUAAAACAACAAUGUAUGUAGGCUGCCAAGGAAUGUAUAAGACAGAUACCAACAUGCAUCAAAGCACAAAAAAAGCCCAAUUUUUUGUGUGUGUAUAGAGAAACUUGACUGUUUUGUUUUAAAGUGUGUCCUUCAUCGUGAAAAAACAACAACAACAAAAAAAAAAAAUCUUGUGGUUCUUUGUUAUAUGCACAAGAUGUACAGUCUGCUAUGCUGGCUUGUUGUUACUCACUCUGUCCUGUUCGGACAAAGGAGGGCUAAGGAUUACUGAAGAAUUUUUGAAAGUCAAAUGGAAAUAUAUAGUGCAUGCUUUCCAAUGGGCCACACACCUGGACUGUCAGGCCUUUUUUCUGUGUACCAAAGCAUGCCGCCAGAUCUGAGUGUGACCAGGAUAUGCUUUUAUAAACAUCAGUGCGAGGGUACCACGGAAGCUCUUCAGACCUGAGCCAGUGCCGAUGUGGAUAUUAUGUACAGUAGCAAUUUUGUGACGUCAAGUCGAAAAAAAAGAUGUUACCAGUGGAGUGAACAAACAGUAUCUGUGCCAAAUGAAGAUGAAUAUGUAUCCUUAACCAACCAGCAUAAUCUGGAGGAGGCAAAUGUUUUUUAAAGUUUGUGUUGUGCUUUUAUCCAUCAGCUCAGUCAAAAUCCUCCUAUUCUCAUUGUCAACAGCGUGAAACAAACUUGUGCUCUCAUUCAGUCUUAUUUAGACUGCAAGUUCUUUCUAUCCUCUGGUCAUGUUGCCAAAUUCUACUCUGUCCACGUCCAUAAACUGCCACACUGAAGGUAUCUGUGCUGUCAGUAGCUCUAAUAUAGGACAAGCUGUUGAGAUAUUUUGUUUAUAAGAGCUAGUCAGUAAGCCAGGCUAAAAUCGAGGACCAUGUCAAUUAAUAUUUUUGCUUGUAAUGCUUUAUAGUUCAGAAGUCCAAUCCAGGGUUUAAAGUGAUAACAGGUGCUCUGUUUCAUGCGGAAUCUUGGAAGGGGUUUCCAAUAUCUCGGGGAUAACUGCUCUGGGGCUGACUCUGUUACCAACACCAAGGGUCUAAUCCCCAUCCCACCAAACCCCUGUUUUAAAUUUGAGCACUUUAUAGGUUUAGUAUAGUCUUUUAUUUCAACUAUUUUAAAGUGGAAAUCAUGGCAAAAGAGACAUGUAAAAACAAACCUUAAAAAACAAAGUUAAUCCACUGCAUAAAAGGAUUUGUUUGAAACUUGAAAUAGAGAACAAAGGCUUACAUGUGAUCGAGAGAAAUGAGUGAAAUAGUGAAAAGCAGAGAUAGUAGCAAGUUAACGAGAGAGCGAGACAGUACCUAGGUAGGGAUUUUUCUCUUCUCAUGCUCAAUAUUAUUAUUUGUUUACAUUUUUAAGUAUUAUGGCCGUUUGUGUUUGUUACCCAUUGUGUAUAGUUAUUCUUUACAUUAAUAAAUUCAUACAUUUUCAAAAAAAAA